GUUUGAACCAGUGGAGUGUAAAGCUCAAAUUGUUUUAACAAAAAUUAAUUUUAUUAUUAUUUUGUUGUUUAUUUAAAUCCGAUUGCUAAAAUGCAUUUGCAUCUUUCAAAUAAAUGAUCGUAAUUCGUUUUUACGCAUUUCGCUCCAAUGUAUGUUCAAUACGCAGAAUAAUUCGCUUCACUCAAUAAUUUAGUUGAAGGCCUUUAAAAUGGCGAUAUGAAAAAAGAUGAUCAUAGUAUCAUAAUAUUUUUCUGUCACAGUGUCUUCUCUAAUGAUCGUUAAAUGUUCGAAUAAUACGUAUGUGUUUGUUGACAAUGAGAAAAAAGAUAAUGGAAGCGUUAAUGUUCUUUCUCUUCGCGAGUCAGAUGCUAUAUAUUUCCGAAACAGUGACCGUAUUACGCGGAUCGCCAAAAAUCUAUUCAUCAUCCAUCAGAAAAUUAAUAUGCAUCUCAGAGGACGACGGCGGCGCUCUAGUGUGGAACGACAAUUUAAACUGGCGAUAUUACACGAACAAUAGACAUAACAAUAACCGAUUUUUUAAUUUAAAUGGAGGUGUUCCAAAUUGCGAAAUAAAUUGCAAAAUGAAUGCAGACGAAGAUUGCUUAAAAUCGUGGGUACAACAGGAUUGGAGUCUCACGAAUUCUCUCAAAACACCCAUGGGUCCGGUAUUUGAUCAGCGAUGGGAAGAAUUUCAAGAAUAUGCAAACAAUCUUGAAGAUAGAUAUGAUUACGUAAAUCUCGAAAAUAUUACAGCAAUGCUUUCCAUUUCUAUUCGUGGAUCUAAUAACGCGCAUAUAUUGCUUUGUAAUGGUACGAAUUAUAACAGAGACCUUUGCUAUUGGAUUAUAAUAGGUGGUUGGGACAAUACUUUGUCCGUCAUACGAAAAUGCGCGACGGGAGUGCCUGUAGCCGGAAAAUUUCCCGAACUAAAUUCAGACUGCAGCAAAGCACAAGUAUCUUUCAAGCAUAUGCCGUUGUCUGCAAUUGAGUGGCGAUCGUUUGUCAUUACGUGGAACUCUGUAACUCGGAAUAUAUCCGUUUAUGAUACUGAUAACGUUAUUAUGACGUACGAGGACGUGGGAAAGCCUGAAUUUUCCAGCAUCGAUUAUCACAUGUUCAUUAAAAGCAAUAGAGAAAUUCUGUUUCGUUUUCAUAUAUACAACUUUCUGCACACAACUCUCGACAGUGCGGUUUUAACGAGUCCCAUCGUCCAAGUCGGUAAUGAAACAAUAUGUGUACAAAUGUUAAUCGGCCUAUGUGCAGAAUGCGAUGCACAUGUAGUGUUACGUGAUUCCACAAAUUACAAAGUGUUAGAAACGGUGAUUGCAAUGGGCUCAUCGAAAGCGGCUCAUGGCUUGCCUAUGUGGCAAUCCGUUCAAAUCAAGAAAAAUCUUUCAACGACAAGUUAUACUAAUGUGAUAAUCCAAGUGAUUCCUAAACUCAACACGCCUAGUUUUAAUCCAUUAUGGGCGAUAGCAAAUGUUCGUCGAUGUCCCACAAAUAAUUCAUUAAGAUGGAGUUAUAUGGUUAAUAAUCAAGAUUGGGAGAACUAUGAUAAAGGGUAUUUUUGGCCGAAUGCGACAUGUCAAAAAUUGUUUUACAAUAAUCAUAUCGUCGUGAAUUCUAUAUCAGAUGCCAAGCCAGACGUGAAACUGGAUCGUGUAGAUUGUCCUCAAGGAAAGACUGGUCCGCAAUGUUUGAUCUCUUGCAAAAUUGAUCUAGAUAGCUACGUUGACUGCAAGGAAACUGCAAUUUGUUAUAAAGAUGGUUGCACGUGUCUUCCGGGAUAUUCGGAAAGCACUUGUUCUAAAUCUUGUGAAUCGUAUACAUAUGGUUAUGGUUGCAAGAAAAAAUGUGGCGCAUGCCGCGACAAAACUUCAAUUAAUGUACGAUCUCCAUGUAACAAAAUAACUGGAUUGUGUUAUAAUGGAUGCCAAAAUUUUUACAUACCACCUUUAUGCCAACUAAAAAUAGAUAAUCUGGACCAACCUGUGAUUAACUUUGCAAACAGUACGAAUAUUCAGGCCAUUAUUACUUUUAAAUGGAAAAAAGAGUACGAAGAAAUACCAAUUUCUUAUUAUUGCCUUAUAGGACAAAUAGAAUCUAAUCAUGUGAUUUACCUAUCGUGGAUGAAGGUAUUUCCGAAUAUGACACAAUUGAUAGGAAAUUUUGAAAACUUAGCACCCGGUACUACUUAUGAGAUUAAUUGCUGUUUAAAUGUUACGGGAUCUCAAAUAUACAGUCCUUGGCAAAAUGCUGAGACGGAUUGCAAUCCGGUUGAAGGCUUUGAUGUGAAGCCCGGCGAAACCAGCUUGAGAAUCGACUGGUAUAAUAAUAAUGAUCAAUUAUAUCGAUGUCCAGCAAAUUGGUAUCGCUUGAUAGUUCGAAAUAUAGAUACUGAUGAGCAAGUCAUUAAUGAACAAGUUACGUACUUUCCCCGUAACUUAUCACGGUUGACAUCAUACACUUCUUUCAAUGUAUCUAUAUUUCAUAAAAAUGUCAAGCUAUUUUCCCAGCAGAUUCGUACACUUGAGAGCGUUCCAUCUAGAGUGUUAGAUUUGCGAGCGAUGAUUUCAUCUAAUACACUUACUGUGAUUUGGAGACCUCCCGAUCAACCUAAUGGAAAAAUAGUGCGAUAUGAAGUAAUCUUAAAGAUUAAAGAAUAUUACGGCUGUAAAGACUUAAAGUUAUCUACGCCAGAUAAUCACAUAAUUACUAAAUCCACAAAUGAUACAACAAUUACAAUUCCGGAUUUAAGUCCGUACGUGUCUUAUAGCGUACAGGUCAUAGCUCAUAAUUCACGAUAUAAUAGCAUGGAUACAGAGAUAAACUUUGAUACAAAUAUUUCUGAGAUACCAACAGAAGUAUUUAGUCAGCUAAAAGUGCAAGGCUGGAAACUAUCGUGGCAUCCGCCUGAAGAUUGCACGACGAUUUCGGGACCAAUUAAAGCUAAGAUAAAAAUACGCGGAAUCAGCAACGCUGUUAAAGAUAGGAUUAUUAUAACUAAAAAUACUGUGUCUUAUUCUCUCGAUUUAGGUAAAAUCGAACCAAAAUUACACGGUGUUGAACGAUACAUGGCAACAGUUUACGUAAUAAGAGAUUACACGAGCCUAGAAAAUGUCUUCGCUUAUCAAGAAUAUGAAUUUGAAACUCCACCAACGGCUCCGCCUAAUGUAAUCAAUCUGGAGGUCGUUGAAACUGACACUCGUCAAGUACCUGCAAUGAUACAUUUAAGAUGGCAGAGUCCACGUCCACCCCUCAACGGAAAACUGCAUUAUUAUACAAUUCAAUCAUGCACAAUAAAUCGGAGAAAACAGAAAAAUUGUCUCUCUAUUAAAGUUCAAUUGAAUGAGUUUUGUGACUUGUGGGAUAAUUACAUAUGCCAAACUAUUCAAGAACCAUCUAGAAGUGCAGAAAUUCAAGUUCUGGCGUACAAUAUGAAUGUUACUGAACCAAGUCCUUCGGUUUUCGUAACUGAUCAAAUGCUUAGUAAUACAACGCCAGAUCCACCUGGAAAUUACACUUUUACAAUUAAUGACAAUAGUAUAAUUAAGUUGAAAUGGUAUCAUCCUUGGAAGACAGGUGGUCAUCUGCAAUCUUUUCAUAUUUGGAUACAAGAAAUUUCUUCCAACCUGAAAAAACAGAGGCUCGUUUCACGAUCGCUACGUAACGAUGUAUACGAAUAUCCGGUGGCACAUUACAUGCGUAACUAUAGCGAGCGAUUAUAUUUGUUUCCAUCAACGCAGUACCGAAUUUGCAUUAAAGCUGUGACAGUUGCGAACGUGGCCAGCGAACCUGAGUGCGUAAAAAUACAAACGCCUUCAACCAUAGGUUUCGAUGGCGACCUAAAGGUCAUGGUCAAUACAUUUUAUUCUACGAUCUCGUUAAAUAUACCACCUGUCCUGAACGAUACAGACGACAGUAAGAUGCAUAUCAUCGUAAAAGGCCCUAAUGUCUGUAAGCAACAUUCAGAAGUACCUGAGAAUUUGCGUUCUCAAGCAAACGUAAAAAUGUAUGAUAUCGCUUGGCAAGCUGCUGAGGUUUCGACUAGUGAUCUCGCUGGUAAGUUAUUUAUUGUCGGCGACGAUCAGAUUUACGGUGGUGCUAAAAACUGUCCAUUGAAAUCUCAAGAAUCAUACGAAAUAGUGAUUAUUGUAACGGAACGGAGUUCAUCCAACAAGCCGAUCAUGCUUGCAAAAUCGAUCAGUAUCGGUGAGAUUCCACCAAAGCAUCACGAAGCGUGGAUCAUACCAAUUAUAUUAUUUCUUGUCGUGGCAGGCGCGGCUUUUUAUUUGUAUCGAAGGAAGAAACAGAAAUCGACUAAACAGUCCAUGCAAGACGAGAUGGUUUUGUCGCAGAAUAUCGAGAACUAUGAACACGAGACCAAGUCUGUGAUAUCAAAUUCGAAGCAGGAGCUCUCAACUCCUUCCGACAGGCAAUCCUUAUCACGAGCAACCACUCCAGAAGUGCCUCCACUCGCCGUCGAAAAGAAGAACGAGGAGACAGUGAAAGAAAUAACAUCGUUGACAAAGGUGAAAGAUUUCGAGGAUUACGUUAGAGAGGCGAUACAGUCGGGAUUGCUGGACAAACAAUACGAGACAUUUCCAAGGGGACAAACUCGGCCGUGGGAUUACGGAAAAUUGCUGCAGAAUAAAUCUAAAAAUCGAUAUGGAAAUCUUAUAGCAUAUGACGAAACGCGCGUGAUAUUAAAGAAACUUCCGGAUGACGCUUACUCUGAUUAUAUCAAUGCUAAUUAUAUCACUGGCUAUAAGAAAGAAAAACGUUAUAUAGCGACACAAGGACCCAAACCCAAUACAGUUAUUGAUUUCUGGCGCAUGAUUUGGCAAGAAAAUGUUCUCAUUAUUUGCAUGUUGGCAAACGUAAUCGAAAAUGGAAAAACAAAAUGCGAGCAAUAUUGGCCGGACAUUGGUAAGAAAAAGAAAUACGGAGACGUUAUCGUGUUAAACGCAAAGCACAACGUCUUCGCUGAUUAUUGCUUCAGAACUUUUCAAGUCACCUGGGGGGAAGAGACUCGAAAGAUAGAACAUUUGCAUUAUACGGCCUGGCCGGAUCACGGUGUGCCCUUGUACACACACUCUGUAGUCACGUAUUUAAAAAAACUAUUGGCGACACCACCUGGAAAUGGACCCGUGGUGGUCCAUUGCAGCGCCGGUGUUGGGAGAACCGGAACCAUCAUUCUGUGCGACAUUUGUCUCCAUCGAGCAGCGGCCGAAGGGCUGGUCGACGUAUUUGCUGAAACGGCAUCCAUCAGGAGCGAGAGAGCUAAUAUGGUAGAUAAUAAACAGCAGUAUCUGUUAGCGCAUUUGGCAUUGGUAGAAUGUUUGCUUUCCAUUCCGACCACGUUACCGUGUAACGAUCUGUUAUCGACACGAAUCAAGGAGUUAAAGAAACAACUAUCGAUUCAACAGCAAAGACUACAGAAUAUUGCGUGGCAGGACGAGGCUCUGCGACAAUUUACAUCUCCACCGUCCUUAUCAGAGCGUAACCGUGCCAAGAACAGAUUUUCAGAACUGAUUUCAGAUAAAGUCAGCAGAAUAUAUUUGAAAAGAUACCCGGCAUCGGACGAGGACAGUGAUUAUUUAUCUGCUGUUUACGUAGAUGGAAUAAGACAUCAGAAUCAGUAUCUAGCCACACAGCUUCCCAUGCCAUCGACAGUUAAUGAUUUCUGGCGAAUGAUCGCGGAGUUUAAAGUGGAACUCAUUCUCAUGCUACAACCACCUGAUCUUCAAGAUCCUACUUGCUGUGUGAUCGCUCCUGCUAGCGGCGAGUUUAAACCAACGCCAUACUUGAAUAUUACAGCGAAAGAAAUCGUGGAAUUUGAAUAUUAUACGUCACAGAAAUUGCUACUCGUUGACAAUUCGGAGAAACCCUCGAGGGAGCAAUUUGUAACUAUAUUAUGUUUAACGGAAUGGAAAUCUGGAAGGAAUCAACCACCGCCACCAGUAAUGACGAUGGUGACCCUUUGGCAAGCUGCGGAGAGAAUUGCGAGAGGCGACGGACCGACUGUCACACUUUGCCAUGACGGAGUAACUGGAUGCGGUCUUUAUUUAGCGUUGAGUGUUCUUUUGGAACGAAUGGCCGUUGAAAGAGAAUGCGACGUUUGUUUGGCAGUACGAGCUGUUAGACGAUCGAGACCAGACUUUGUUCGAUCUUUGGAACAUCUGGAAUUUUUGUACGACGCCGCAGUGACGUAUUUAGAAUAUUUUGAAACUUACGCGAAUUUUUCAUGAAACCGAAAUAAAUCAAUAAUGUAAGAUAAUGAAAUGGAAUUACCAUACAUACCACAUU